CUGCUGGGAGCUGCUCCCUAGUUGCCGCGGCUCUGCGGGGGCUUACGGGGGUGGGCGUUUCUGCCGCCAGGGCAUCGCGAACCCCUGGGAACCGCGGUGGCUGGAGCCGGCACAAAGUCCCUCGCCCCGUGUCUGGAUGCGACAGUCGCUUCCUUUCUUUGGCGCCUUUUACUCCUGUAGCGUAGCUUACCAAACUUCACAAAGGAAAUAUAAAUGCUAGGAAUGGAGUACCAGCCCCUGCUGAGAGGACCUAGCAGGCGGGGCAAGCUCCCCAGCUGGACCUUAUUUCUGUCUGUCUGUGCUGUGGGAAUUGGAGGGACCUUUCAGUAUGGAUAUAAUGUUUCUAUUAUCAAUGCACCCACUCAGCAUAUACACAGGUUCUUAAAUGAAACCUGGACUAGUCGUUAUCACAAGAAGCUAAAUCCAGAUUUGCUGACUUUUCUCUGGUCUGUCAUUGCUUCUAUAUUUUCACUUGGAGGCCUGUGUGGAGCCCUUAUUGGAGGCAGCAUGGCGAUCCGGCUAGGCAGAAAAGGAGCUCUUAUGAUGAACAAUAUCAUAGCAAUACUGGCCUCCAUUUUAAUGGGGAUCAGUUUUCCCACAGGAUUGUUUGAGCUAUUGAUUGUUGGCAGGUUUUUGAUUGGCAUAAAUUCAGGUAUUGGAAUCUGUGUGCAGCCUCUGUAUCUUGGGGAGGUUGCCCCAAAACAUCUUAGAGGUGGUAUGGCCAUGGGCAGUUCCAUCUUUCUGACUGGGGGGAUUUUAACAGGACAAAUAAUUGGUUUGAGGGAAUUAUUGGGUGGAGAAACGUAUUGGCCUUUGUUGCUAUCCAGCAGCUGUUUCCCAGCGUUUGCCCAGCUUAUAUUCCUGCCAUGGUUUCCUGAAAGUCCCAGAUAUCUUCUUAUUGACAGAGGUGAUGAACUGAGCUGUGUCGAAGCUUUGAAGCGAUUUCAUGGCCCUUUACAAUAUCAAAGGGAGAUGGAAGACAUACAGCAGGAACGUUUUGCCUUAGAUGGGGAGAAAUCCAAGAAACCCUGGCAAUUAUUCACUGAUCGUGGCGUGAGAUGGCAGCUCAUUACUGUGAUUGUGAUGACUAUGGGCCAGCAGCUCAGUGGCAUAAAUGCUAUUUAUUUCUAUGCAACUUACAUUUUUAAACAAGCUGGGAUCUCGGCAGAUAAAAUCCCCUACGUGACACUAGGCACCGGAGCUUGUGAAUGCCUCACAGCCCUCACCUGUGGCGUACUGAUUGACUGUGUGGGAAGAAGACAUCUCAUCAUUGGAGGAUAUCUCCUUAUGACCCUUUGGAGCGUUGUUUUAACAUUCUCCCUGACUUACCAGGAACUGUACUCAUGGGUACCAUAUGUGAGCAUGACAUCUAUAUUUGCCUUCAUUUUGAGCUUUGGGUUGGGACCAGGUGGCAUAACAAAUACGCUGACAGCUGAAUUAUUUAUACAAUCUUCACGUCCUGCUGCUUACAUGAUAGGAGGUGCUAUUAGCUGGAUUAGUUUCUUCACAAUUGGAAUGCUCUUUCCCUUUAUAGUGAAUGGACUGAAACAGUAUUGUUUUCUGGUGUUCUUAGUGGAAUGCACCUUAGUUGCUGCUUUUAUCUUUGUUGUAAUUCCCGAGACAAAAAACAAAUCUUUUCUGGAAAUCAAGAAGGAAUUUAACAAGCUUAAUUUUGGAAGAAAUACCAAAGAGAAGGAAACAGAGCUGCAUGAAAGAAGACAACUCCAUGAUGAAUUUUAAAAAAUUCUGUGCAACCUUACAGCUCUAACAUAACUAAUUUAAAGAGAAUUAUGAAUAGUCUUCUAAAUUAGCUAUAUGAACAAGUAGCUUAUUAACUUCUGAACAUGCAGAUGGAGUUUAAUUAAAAGGCAAGUUAAUAUUGCUGAAAUGCUAUUAAAAAUACAUAUUAUACUAUAUACAUAGACUCAAUGUUUAGACACAAAUUACUAUUGUACUAAUGUAGACAUGCAGGGAGAAGCGUUCAGUGGAUUUCCCUUAUUUUUUGCAGAUUUCUUGAGACAGCCAAUAAGACUAAGUAGCUCUUCUUUUAUUUCUAAGCCCAGUCUUCAGAUCCAGAUAAUCAAAUAAAAUAUAAAUAAAACAUA